UGGGCUGUGUCUCAAACAGCUCACUGGUUAAAUGAAACGCAGAGGAGGAGCUGCCUUCAGUGCCCCAAGAGGAAACUUCCCUGUCAGUUUUGAGAGUGACAACAAGGUGAAGUGCAGACUUCUUUCUGCUCUGGAUUGCUCGUGUUUUCAUCACGACCUUAGCGGAGUAUGGAGUUAUACUGCUGUGCGUAAAACGGACAUUUGGACACAAUGGAUUUGCUUCUAGUUGGAACAUCUGGAGAAUGCGCAUUCAUGGACACUAUCACUACUUCAAAAGUGAGAGGAAAACCUUUGCUUAGUGCGAAACAGUGAAAUUAGUCCCUGCAGGUAUGAACUCCACGGUAGCAGAGCGGAGAUUUCCACCGCCCACCAUCCCGGCGAUUAUGUUCAUUUUCGGGGUGGUGGGGAAUGUCAUCGCCAUCGUGGUUCUGCGGAUAUCACGGAAGGAACAAAAGGAGACAACUUUUUACACACUUGUGUGUGGCCUGGCAGUGACAGACCUCCUGGGCACCUUGCUGGCCAGUCCUGUCACCAUCGCCACCUACAUGAAGGGCGCAUGGCCGGGCGGAGAGCCGCUGUGCCAGUACUCCGGCUUCAUCCUGCUCUUCUUCUUCUUGGCCCAGCUCUGCAUUGUGUUUGCGAUGUCAGUGGAGAGAUUCUUGGCAAUAAACCAUGCAUAUUUCUACAACGAAUACGUCAACCAAAAACUCGCUGCGCUGACUCUGUUGGCCAUUUACAUUUCCAACAUAGUGUUUUGCGCGCUGCCCAGCUUGGGGUUCGGGCAGGUGAAGCGCCAGAAGCCGGACACUUGGUGUUUCAUCGACUGGCAGAACAACCAAACAACCGUGGCGACUUUUAACUUGAUGUACGCAGGUGUGAAUUCAGUCAUCGUGUUGGCCACUGUCAUAUUCAAUGUGAUGGUGUGCGGGGCUCUGAUCCUGAUGCACAAGCGCUUCAUCCGCCGCACGUCUUUGGGCACGGGUCAGAGGCGCAUCGCGGAGCUCAGGCGCAGACGGAGCUUCGGAAGAUUAGCCGGAGCAGAGAUCCAGAUGGUGAUCCUGCUUAUAGCCACCUCCGCUGUGGUUCUCACCUGCUCCAUACCUUUAGUGUUGAGGAUCUUUGUGAAUCAGCUGUUCAGAAACGACACAGAAGAGACGUUUGGGUUGAAUAAAGACCUGCUGGCCAUCCGCAUGGCGUCUGUCAACCCCAUCUUAGACCCUUGGAUCUACAUCCUGCUCAGGAAGACUGUGGUCCUCAAGCUGAUGGAGAAAAUCAAGUGUCUGUUCUGCAAAAUGGGCCGGCAGAGACGAGGGAACGGGCAGUUCCGCUGUGCCGACGACCCCCUCUCCUCCUCCAUCGUCUCACGAGAUUCUCCCUCGAUGGUGUCACGUGAGCUGCGGGAAAUGGUGAGCACAUCGCAGACCUUCCUGUACCCGUCCGAGGAAAACACCAGGAGGCCUUUUCAAGCCGGGUCACAGUCUGGCUCCGGUCCACCAGCUGCACAGACGUUACAGGGGCCCCAGGAGGACGAGGGGCCUCAGAGGCCGCUUCCACACAGUGAUUUAGAGAACACAGCGCCAGGCAGGCCACUGAAAGAGCUCCCGAUGCGCCCAAAGGACCCGGUUCUACAUGUGACCUUCACAGACGAGACUGCGGACAUACAGGAGAAAUGCAUAUAACAGUUAGCGCCUUGCUGUCGUAGAAAUGUCUCGGGGACAGAAGAUGGGAACUAAGAGCUCUGCAAAGACAUGAUAAUAAUGGAGACUGAACUACUUUUAUCUCGUGGACAGCUGAUGUAUUACUGACCUAAAUACUCACACUAUCAAUGUAUUACUCUUCAGUCAUAACAACAAUCCCAAAAUACACCUAAAACAGAACAUUCACAACGAAACCAGACAAUACAACGCUGUGGAGGAGCUCUUCUGUUGCACUUUUUGAAUUGUAAACCCGCUGCUAGGCUGCGGUGACAACCUGCACGACGACUGUAAAGAAUGCAUGUUACAAAUGUGAAAAGUGUUCCAUGAUGUUAAUUUAUUUUUAAGUAUGAAAUCGUACGUUGUCGUCUUCUCUGUGAGAAGGUCCAGAUGGUUUUGAGCCUUUUGUAUCGGUUUUGAGGGUACGUAGGAACAUUUGCAAACGAUUUGGGGGGGGAACAGUUCGACAGAGCGGCUCGGACAUCACAGACAGAACCACACCGUGCUCUACAUUUCAGAACAACAGGCAGCUACACUGUGGCUUUUCCACACUACACACACACUGCAGGAUGUUCGCAGACCUCAAGUAAUGUGUUCAUUUACUGUUUCCAGCCCAUUACUUAAUGGAUUAAUCCAACUUCAUCCUGUUUUAACCUUAAUGUAAUGUGCAACUCCUCUCAUCUAAUCUCACUUUACAAGGGAAUUAAGAAGGGGAAUGAAAAUGGAAGACAUUAUUAAGUUUCCUGUCCGAUUACUUUAAAGGUCUUACAAUGGAUUUCCUGGUGGCAUUAAUUAUAAUGUUGCUAUAACGAUUGAUCUAAAUGUCUCAAUGUUAAAGUUGUCGUUGUUGGAACAGCCGGUGUUAAAUGUCGACUCUCGUGUGAAAAGACUUUGUUGUACCGAAAAUUAAAGUUGGUUUACACUCACAUA